UGGUUUACAAUUUUAUUGUCAGUGGUGCUGUGCCUCUCUUUAAAAGAAAUCAAAAGGAAUGUUCACCACCUCCUGCUCCCAGAUCACCGAGUAUCAGGAGGUUAUACUUUAUGUCUGUGCCAUGCUAUUCGCCUGUAGCUGGUUUGUGUCAUAGCUGAAGUGCUGGAAGGUCUUUCUGAACAGCCAAAUGAGCACAGCAGCUUUCCCCUCCCCCACAGCAGAGAUGGCAGAGAUGAACCGCAUCCAGUAUGAGCUGGAGUACACUGAGGGAAUCAGCCAGAGGAUGCGCAUCCCUGAGAUGCUCAAAGUUGCGCCUCAACCCCACGGCGACACCAGCGCUGAAAACCAGGCAAUAAUCCAUAGUGUCAUAAUGCAAGUCCCAGAGAGGAUUGUGGUUGCAGGACACAGCAAUGAUCCCCAGUUUCCCAGACCCAGAGAUCUGGAUUUAAUCCAGUCAACGCCAUUAGACACUCUGUCACUAAAAACACCGCCAAGAGUCCUCACCCUCAGUGAACGUCCCCUGGAUUUCUUGGAAGAGGAGCAUCGUCAAUCUCCAUAUAAUUCAGAGUUGCGGCCCAAGGUACGACAACAGCGGGAGCGCUCAAUUAGCGAGAAUGCGGCUGUUCAUAACAGUCAACUGAUACGAGAUGAUUCCAUCAGUGCAACCCGGUCCCCCUUAGCCACUGUUCACCCCAACCCUCCUCUCACCGUGGCUGAAGAAUGCAGUCUGUACAGCGCUAGUGGUGUUUUAUCCUUCCUCCAGUCUACUACACGCUGGGCCUACCAGCAGGUCCUGGAGGUCUUGGAUGAGAGCCCUCGCAGCAAAUCAUCACUGAAAGGGGGGUCGACUGCAAGUUCCAACCCCCUGCAUGAAUCCAGGCUUGCAUUAUCAACAUUUGAUGCCAGUCUAGAUGUUGGGAGUGAUGACAUGACUUUGGUUGACGCGACAGCUCUCCGACGCCAGCUUAUCAAAUUGAACCGGAGACUGCAGCACUUGGAAGAAGAAAACAAGGAGCGAGCAAAGCGUGACAUGAUGCUGUACUCGGCCACUAUAGCUUUCUGGCUCAUCAAUACCUGGGUGUGGUUGCGACGUUAGACCCAUUUCUGCCAUUACAGGACAAAGUGCUCUCCAUUAUUGUGUGUCAAAUGUUAACUAUACAGGUAGGUUUACGUAUAAAUGUUUGGAUGUUGUCAGGUAUUUUAAUUUUUGUGGCCUUCCAAAGUUUUUGUAGUUGAAAGCAAAUAAUGAGUUCAUAGUCAAGACACUCUACUUUAAUAGAUCCAAACUGAGGUGACAUUCUGCUUGCAGUUCCACAUUUUAUGGACCAAAAAUAAUUGCUCAAGUUAACAUAAUCAUAACUAAAAUGAAAUCAUCUCAGAACCUUUGUCUCAACGUACAAGACGGAAGAGAUAAAAAUGAAAUGAUGUUUGGAGUGCUUAGUUAAAGCCAGAUCUUUUAAAAAAGGUGCAACAACUAAGCACCAGUUUUUCUUCAGUUUCUGUUGCACGUCAAUGUCAUCUUGAUCAAUUUUCAGAGACGACUAUGGGCCUAUGUAGACUUUUUCAGUUCCGCUGGUACUAGGCAACAUGGAGGAAGCCUGGAAUCGAAUUGGUUUUCACCUCCUUAAGCUCCCAUAAUGUUGCUUAAUUUUUUCACAAGAGGAUCAUGUAUUGUAAAAGAAAGCAAUUACUCAUGCUUCUGAUGUGUUGAAAUUUGCUAAAUGUCGAGCUGAAUGUGAGCCUGUAGUAGUUUCCACAGAAUGUCUGGGAGACAUAGAAUGGUGUUUAUGCCAGACAAAUAUUAGCUCAAUUUGUUCAAUUUACAGUUUGUGAAAAUAGUGGGGGGGCAUACACGCCUUGCUGAAGGAAAUAAAUGUACACAAUUUACAGAGUCUGUCUAUCUUUUGAGGCUUUCCAGUUGAAUUAAAAAAAAACAAAGUGUAUGCUGUAAUGACUACUGCCAUUAUUACCUCUGCCAACCAACAGAGGAAGGUGGCUGUCUUUCCUCUUUACACUUACGUGAGGGCCAAACACCAAAUCCCAACACAGUGGAAAUCUUCAGGAAAUUCAAGUUCCAGACAAUACAUAUUUAUCUAAUUUUUAAAAAGUAAUAUUAUUUGGCUACACCUGGUGUUUCUGACAUUGUGCUGUCUUUCGGAUCAGCUUGUUUUGGAUUUCAGUAUAAUGAUGGUUUGCAUCAUUGGCUUUGGCAGCUCUUUGGAGUUUAUAUUGACUGUUAACUGUAAGAACAACACAACAGAAGAAAUCAACUGCCAUUUUUUCUUUUAAUUAAUUUUUAUUAAUAAAGUAAAGGAAUUAUGAGUAAACAAAUUAGGUGGACUUAGUCCAACAGUGUCAACAGCAAGCCUGUAGAAUUUGCUGCUGAUGUUGGUCAGGUUCAGAAGGCACGAAAGGAAAUGUUUUGAGGCAUAGAUGGGUCUCCACCUAAAUUUAAUCAACUGUUCUCUGGCCAAAUGAUCAUCCCUUCACAAGCAUCCUUCAAAAUCGCAUAACCUCCACCCUCCUGUCAGUUGGUGGCAUACGUGCACACACAGCUCAACAGCUAGUUGUUGAAUUGGGAGAAGACGACAUACAAAAAGCACAAUAAUUAAUUUAAUGUUUGCCUGAUUUAAACUCAGAUUAAUGCUGAAAGUCUCCAAUUUCAACUCUUGACUAUUUGCUUUCAACUCCCUAUAUGCUGCAGAAGACUGCUAAAAUAGCAGAAGAACAGGGGGGUGGGGGGCGGCAACACCUUGGCAUCCAAAUAUUUAUGACCUUUAGUCUAUGUGUUAGGAAAACAUAGCACUGGUUUGAGGCUUAUUCCAGGAUGAGGCUCAUUUGAAUCCAUUUAUCCAAUACUUGUACAGUUUUAUUUUUUUACUGUUAAUUUUUAAUGUCUAUUUUCACCCUUUUUGUUGAUAAUUGGUUUGCUUGAAGCUACGCAUGACUUACAUAUAUUUAUACAGCACUUACUUAUUAGUUUAUGAAUAAUUUGAAAAUAGAAGAUUCUGUGCGGUGCUGGUAACAGGUUGACUACUGAAUAAAAGCCUGUGGACCAUAAUUGGGGCAUAUACAGUAUUUAAGGUUGGUGGGAGCAUCUAUACUCAGUGCUGUUUCAGCUUGUGAUUUCUUUGAAACAUUAGGGAACUUGUGGAUAACACAUUUGAAACAUCCCGACUAGCAUAAAAAUGCUUUGCUUUGAUGCUACACAUCUGUGAAGGCUCAAGUUGUACAAAUGUAACAGUCAAAAAGUUCACAAACAGAUUAACAAGAUGGACAGUUUAUUAAUUGCCCAAGUUGUGAUUAAUCUUUUGUUUGGAGUCCAUCUGUGUUGCGAGAACGGGGGUGGGAGCCUAAUUAAUGUAAGUUAAAUAUUUUUUCUCACUUGUUCAACAGUAAAUUCUCUAAUGAUGUAAGGAGUCAUGCUGGUUGUACUUAAUAAUGCUACUCCAAUAAAAUUACAGUUUAAUUUUUA